AACUACGUCCAUGGAACGAGGAAUCAGUCUCAGCAAGGCUGAUAUUGUUGAGAAUAUAUUUCUAUGUUUUGAGUCAGUGAAUGGGUCUUGCAUAAGAUCAAUCUUUCCUCCAACAAUACGAGUAUUACUUUAUCUCUUACUUGGCUCAAUGUCUGUUCUCACAGUGUGUGGCAACCUUCUUGUAAUCAUCCCCAUCAUUCACUUCAAACAGCUCCACACCCCAACCAACUACCUCAUCCUCUCUCUGGCUGUGUCAGACCUUCUCUUGGGGGUUUUAGUGAUGCCUCCCAGCAUGGUAUAUUCAGUGGAAAGCUGCUGGUAUUUUGGAGAUUUAUUCUGUAAAAUCUACACCAGCACUGAUGUUAUGUUGAGCAAUACAUCCAUUCUUAACUUGUGUUUUAUUUCUAUUGAUCGGUAUUAUGCAGUGUGUCGCCCUCUCCUUUAUAGAACUAAAAUAACUGUUCACUUUGUUCUGAUUAUGAUGCUGGUCAUCUGGACUGGUUCUGCUAUAGUAGUGUUUGGUAUAGUAUUUUGGGAGCUCAGUACUUGGGGCAUGGAGGAUUUUUACUAUAAUAAUGUUGCCUGUGAGGGAGAAUGUAUUUUCUUUCAAAACAAAGCAUCGAGUACUGCGUCUUUGGUUCUCUCAUUCUACAUCCCAGGAGUAGGGAUGCUUAGCAUCUACCUAAAGAUUUUCCUAGUAGCACAGAGACAGGCACGCUCAAUUCAGGGUACAACCAAUCAGAACUCUGUAGGCAAAUCACAGAGGAAGGCCACCAAAACACUUGCUAUCAUUAUGGGGGUAUUUCUAUCAUUCUGGACACCCUUUUUUGUCAUCAACAGCAUUGAUACUUUUAUUAGUUACUCUACACCACCCAUUUUGUUUGAAACACUUGUAUGGAUUGGCUAUUUUAAUUCAGCUAUUAAUCCCAUGGUGUAUGCAUUCUUCUACAGUUGGUUCAGGAGGGCGUUUAGAAUUAUAAUUUCUGGUCAAAUAUUUCAACCUGACUCUUCAGAAAUACAAUUGUUUUCAGAAUAAGUACAGUGAGCUCCAAAAGUAUUGAGAGAGAGAGAGAGAGAGAGAGAGAGACGUUUUGUUGUUUUGGCUCUGUAUUCCAACACUUUGGAUUUGAAUUGUGAUUUCAUUUGAGGAUAUUUUGAUCCAUAUUGGGUGAAUUGUUUAGAAAUUACAGCUCUUUUUGUACAUAAUCCCCCCAUUUUACUAAAACAAAAGUAUUUGAGCGAAUUCACCUUUGUGUGGAUUAAAGUAGUAAAAAGGUAGGUUUUUGUUCCCAUAUUCAUUGCACGCAACAAUGACUACAUCCAGCUUGGGACUCUACAAAUUCUAUCAAUAGAAAUUAAUGGUAAAUAAUGAAUUGUGUAAUUUUGGUGUUACUUUUACUUUAAAUUAUGAAUGAGAAAGUUACAGACACACAAAUUUCAUACACCCAACACAUGCUAACCUCCCGUUAUUGUAAUGGUGCGAGGUUAGCAUGUCUUGAGGGUAUGAUAUUUGCGCGUUUAACUUUCUCACUCAUCAUUAUUCACAAUUCAUUCAGGAUUAUCCGUAAUCAUGAUAGCAUUAAUGUAGAAGUGUUUAGAAACGGGCCUCCCGAGUGGCACAGCGGUCUAGGGCACUGCAUCACAGUGCUUGAGGCAUCACAGUGCUUGAGGCGUCACUGCAGACCCGGGUUCGAUCCCAGGCUGUUACAACCGGGGGACCCAUAGGACGGCGCACACCUCCCCCGGGUUAGGGGAGGGUUUGCCCAGGGGAGAGCUUUACUUGGCUUAUCAAGCUCUAGUGACUGACUCUGGUCAUCAGUUGAACGGUGUUUUCUCCAACACAUUGGUGCAGCUGGCUUCUAGGUUAAGUGAACGGGUGUUAAGAAGCACGGUUUGGCAGGUCAUGUCAACCUUCGCCUCCCGAGCCCAUUGGGGAGUUGCAUCGAUGAGACACGAUUGUAAUUGGGGAGAAAAAGGGAGUAAAAUCUAACCACAAAAUAAGUGUUUAGAAACAUAUUAUAUAAUAUAACCACAAAAUAAGUGUUUAGAAACAUAUUAUAUAAUAUAACCACAAAACAAGUGUUUAGAAACAUAUUAUGUUAUUAUUUACAAUAAAACAUGACUCCAAAAUGAGACAAUACAUUAAGUACCAUUCUAAUCUAAUGUGAAACACAAACCGAGAAAAAAAAUGCAAAUGCAUCCAACAAAUUUGUAGAGUCACAAGCUGGAUGUAGUCAUUGUGUGCCAUGAAUAUGAGACCAAAAACAUAACUGUUAACUACUAUAAUACACAUAAGUGAAUUUGUCCCAAUACUUUUGGAGCUCACUGUAUGUCUAAAACCAAUACUGACAAAGAAGUGUGACAUGUGCCUUUGUUCUCAGUCCUUUAUUAAACCAUAUCAGACACAGGUGUGUAGGUUUAAAAAACAAGUAUGAUCCAGUUGGCCCCAAAACAUGAAAUCAAUCCAUGUAAUCUAGUAGGAGGUAGUCUCUCCUCUCCCAUAUCUUAUACACACACACAGUACAUUGUUAUAGGAUCUCUGUGGAUGUCGUAUCCUUUCAGUUUUGUAUGAAUUGUUUUGUAACUCCAGCUGAAUGAUGUUGUCUAAAUGACAUGGUGAACAUGUUUGCACUUAGGUGAUAUUAUUGAAAUAAAGAUGAUUUUUGU